AUGGAGAGUAGUCACGCCGCCCAGCAGCCCCAGCCGCAGCCCCAGCCGCCCUUCCUGCCCCCCGCAGCCUGUUUUUUUGCCGCCGCCGCGGCGCAGCAGCAGCAGCAGCAGCAGCAGCAGGCGGCUCAGCUGAGCCCGGCAGCGGCGGCGGCCGACGGCCAGCCCUCAGGGGGCGGUCACAAGUCAGCGGCGCCCAAGCAAGUCAAGCGCCAGCGCUCGUCGUCGCCCGAACUGAUGCGCUGCAAACGCCGCCUCAACUUCAGUGGGUUCGGCUACAGCCUGCCGCAGCAGCAGCCGGCCGCCGUGGCGCGCCGCAACGAGCGGGAGCGCAACCGGGUCAAGCUGGUGAACCUGGGCUUCGCCACCCUCCGCGAGCACGUCCCCAACGGCGCGGCCAACAAGAAGAUGAGCAAGGUGGAGACGCUGCGCUCGGCCGUCGAGUACAUCCGCGCGCUGCAGCAGCUGCUGGACGAGCACGACGCGGUGAGCGCCGCCUUCCAGGCCGGGGUUCUGUCGCCCACCAUCUCCCCCAACUACUCCAACGACAUGAACUCCAUGGCCGGCUCCCCGGUGUCAUCCUAUUCCUCCGACGAGGGCUCCUACGACCCGCUCAGCCCCGAGGAGCAGGAGCUGCUGGACUUCACCAACUGGUUCUGAUGGAAGCGGCCCGUGGUCUGGCCCCGGUGCCCCCGGAGACUUUGGAAGCA